AUGGCGAUACGGAGCCUGGAGCUGUUCGAGGUAUACUACGACGAUAGCGACGCGCUGGCGAUGGUAUGUGCCUUUGCGUCGCUGAUUCCUCAGAUCAUUCUCAUUGUCUACGCCACGCUCAUCUUUUCGCGACGCGAAAUGGAGACGCUGAUGCUGUUGGGUGGCCAGGUGGCUUGUGAAGUGGCCAACAACAUCCUGAAACGGGCCAUCAAGCAGGAUAGACCGCGCUACGGGCCAGGCUACGGCAUGCCCUCGGCCCACGCGCAGUUUGUGGCGUUUCUGGCCACAUAUCUGUGUUUGUGGAUGUUUUUUCGAAUGCGCCAAUUGUACUCGCCAGUGAAGCGGGUGGCGCGAAGCGUGGGGCUGGUGGCCAUGACGCUGGUGGUGUCAUACUCGCGCGUGCAUCUUUACUAUCACACCCCGGCCCAGGUGUUGGCUGGAGUGGCGUUGGGUUGUGUUUUGGGCCUGGCCUACUUUCUGUUUGUCUCUCUCAUCCGCGACCUAGGUCUCGUCGACCUGAUUGUUGAUCUGCCCAUUCUGCGGGCCUUCUACGUCAAGGACACAUCUGGCGACUCUGGCAGCUUUGUCAAGGACGAGUUCCUGCGCUGGCGUGACAAACGCAUGAAGGCCAGACUCAUCAAGGUGGAGUGA